UUAGAAUAGAAAAGUAAUAUAAUCGAUCCCUAUGUAAUUAAUAAUAUUUAUAUAAUUAAAUACUGUGCAAUAUAGUUAUAUGUAUAUAUUAUAAGUUUUUAUAUGAUAAAUAAUAUAUAAACCCAAAAUGAAAACCUGGGUUAUAUUUAUCUUGCUCCUAUCAUGCACUUAUAAAGUCUAUUCAGACUAUCCCAGUAUUGAUGAUACUGAAUUUGCUGAAUUUGAAGAUUUUGAAGCUGAUGAUGUUGUGCUUAAUGAAAAACCAGAACGUGCAGAAAUAGAUGACUCGGUGCCAACACCACAAAUUAAAGAUGAUGAAAAAGAUUUUAUGGAAACUGAGGAAGAUGACACAGUAGUUGAGGAUGAGGAUAAUGAAUUUGAGCAUUUCCAAGAUGACGAAGAAUUUGAAGGAUUCGAAAGUUCUACAAAGCCAUCAGCAACUAAUCAACAAAAUGCUCCUAAAACGGAACCAAAAAUUACUAUUACAAAUGUCCCUCAUCACUUAAGAGCCCACUGGGAUUCUUAUUGGAUGGAGAUGUUAAUGUUGGCUGGUUUAUGUGUUUAUUUCAUUAAUUUCUUUACAGGAAAGAGCAAAAACACUAAAUUAGCAAACAUGUGGUUCAAUUCACAUCGUAGUAUGUUGGAAGAAAAUUUCAGUUUAGUGGGUGAUGAUGGAAAGUUGGAAAGCGAUUGUCCGGGACUGUUAAAGGAAAGUGAUAAUCAUUUUACUUUAUGGUGCAGUGGAAGAACAUGUUGCGAAGGAAUGCUUGUUGAGCUGAAAUUCAUCAAACGUCAAGAUUUAGUUGGUGUUAUAAGUGGCUUAUUGCGACCAAUAAGUGACCAAGUGCACAUAAAAGUGGAAAUGUCUAAAGAAGAUAUGGACUCAUUUAUAUUUUGUGUUGCUACCAAAAAAGCAGCAUCUCACAUGUACAAAGACUUAGCUGACUUAAGUGUCUACUGCCCAGAGCGUAGGCCCGGUGAAAAAUUCGGUCUUCCAUCUAAUUUCAUGGUCAUGUCAGAAAUUCAGGAAGCUACUUCUGCAGUUUUAGAUACUAGAGUUGUUACAGCAAUAAAUAAAUAUUCUGACAUGAUUGAGAGCAUUCAUGUUUCAGAUCAAUUCAGUGGUCAAAAGCAACCUGAGGAUACUACAUUAUUAAAACAACCAGAUGUCUUCAAAAUUCUUCAUAUAGUUCUGAAUUUGCCUGCUAAAGGAAAUCUCACAGAAAUAAGUGAAGCAUCUCUACCUCUUCUAACUUUAACAUUUUAUCUAAUGGAGAAACUUAAGAGAUACAGACUUUCCAAAGAAGGUAAAGCAAAGGCUGAUAAAAAUAGACUUAGAGUAGAAGAAGCUUUCUUGAAGAGCACUCAUGCGGCACGAGCAGAAGCUGCAGCAUUGAGAAGAGAAGAACGCAGAAAACAAGAGAAAGAAAAAGUUAUGGCUGAGGAUGAUCCAGAAAAGCAAAGACGUUGGGAGGAAAAAGAACAAAAAAGACAACUAAAGAAAAAAGCACCAAAGAUGAAGCAGCUUAAAGUGAAAGCUCUUUAGGUAGUAAAUAUUGCAAAACCUAUUUAUUUUAUCCCAUUAGAUUCUUUUAAGUAAUAUUCUAUUUUAUUUAUUACUAGGUUUGAAAACCUAACAAAUAUUUUAUGUAGUAAUUAUUCGUAAAUCAGUGCCACAAUACCCUUAAAAUGAUAUAU